AUGCAACCCCUAAACCCCUUCCUGAGCGCCUUCCUCAAGAGCCCGGUGCUGGCGCAGUGCCUCCCGCCGCAGCAGCACAUUCUCUUGGUGCCCCUGGCGGAUGUGCUCCUCAACUCGCGAGACGCAGAAACAGGGGCGCCGCUGACGGCGUCGAUCGGGUCGGAGGAGUUUCUCGGGAGUCAUGUGGUGAGGAUACCGCUUUUGAAAGGGGGGAAGGAUGGACAGGGUCAGGGACAGCAGCAGAAUCUAAGGGAGAUGAGAGGGAAGCCAAAAAUGUACGGGACGGUGAAUGGGAGGAGUUUGGUGGUCAAGGACGGGGGGGUUUACACCAACAAGGGGUUUAAAGCGCUGGCUCAGGCCAACUUGCUGCAUGAGACGCUUUGGUACCCGGAUACGUUGGACCCGAGGCAGUUUUUGAUCUAUUUUAUUAACCGGCCUUUGGUGGGGUCUUGGGAGGAGGUUAGGAUUGUGCCGGCUGUACCACCACCACCGUCACCGUCGCUGGCGGAGGGGGGAUUACGGAAGGUGUUGUUGGGUGAGGGGGGGACGGGGACGACAAGGAAGAAGGAUAUCAAGAGUUUUCAUGAGCUGCUGGUUAAUUUCCCGAGUAUUGCUAAGCAGAUGCAGGGGGGGCUGGAGAAGCUUUUUAGGGAGUUUACGAUUGUUUUUGAGAGGAUAUUGCCGCCUCCGCCGCCGCCGUCGGGGAAGACAGUGCCGGAGGGGGAGCCGGGGAAGGGGGUCGGGGUUGCGGGGGGAGAGGGGACGAAUGGGAAUGGGGCGCCGGAGAAUGUGCUGACGGAGGAUGAUGAGGAGGUUAUGAGGACUUCGUUGGAGACGGCGGUGACGACGGCGAUUGAUUUGUUUCAGAAUGUGGACAAGCAGCAGUUGUCGCUCUUGGGGGCGACGACGGACUUGACGGGGCCGGUGGUGGAGAGGUUGAUCGAGCGGUACAUUGCCGAGAAUGUGCACCAUUUGCUGUUUCCGAGGAUUGCCGGGUUGAGGAGGCAGGAUGAUUUGGAACUGGAGGCCAAGAUAAGGCAGAUGAACAAUAUUGACAUCUCGCAGUUGGGGAUUGCGAUUGAUGGGGGGAUGAAGGCCAAGAGGGAGGUGGUGAGCCGGUUGGGGAAUGCGGUCGAGGAGUUUAGGAAGAUGCCGAAUGCGAGUUGUCCGCAGGAGAUGAUGGAGAUUUUGCUGGCGACGACGAAGGCGGCGACGCAGUUUAGCGAGGGGACGGCGACACAGGGACAGCCGAGGUCGGCGACGGAGAAGCCGGCUAUGACGAUAAAUGCGGAUACGCUGGUGUCGCUGUUGCUGUAUGUGGUGAUCAAGGCGCAGAUCAAGCACCUCCAGGCGAGGUUGGCGUAUAUAAGACAUUUCGUCUUUAUCGAUGAUGUGGAGAGUGGUGAGAUGGGGUAUGCGCUUAGCACCUUCGAGGCUGUGUUAUCGUAUCUCGACCGGGAGUCUGGAGGGCUGAGGAGGGCCAGUCGUAGGAAUAAGGCUUUGUGGGAUGCUGUUUCGAAGGGGGAUAUGCCGGAGCUGAGGAAGAUCUUGGAACCAACAGAGGAUGCGAUCGAAGAUGAGGACGAUUACGGGUCUUCACGCUGGCGGAGGCGAUCGUCAACUGGUUGGAGCUUCACGAAUGGAGCUUCGUCAACAACUCUAGCAGCAUCAGAGAGGUUCUCGGUCGGAUCUGGGCUCGGUCAUGUGUUUCCAUUUCAAAAUGGAUCAGCCGAAACUCUGGAACAACCACCACCAAAACGCAUCAAGAAGGUGUCGAUGGACACCAGGAGUAUGUCCAGCGGCUCCGAAAUUUCGUUUCGGUCGUUGCCCAUGAGCAUCGGGACGUUCACAAGUGGGAUCGAAGGCGACACUUCUAUUGAGCGCCUGGUUCAAACACAGGACGCCAAAGGGGAGUCGGUUUUGAUGAUGGCGAUUCAACAUGGGCAACCACAGGUGUUGAAAUACUUGUUGUCUUUUCGGCAGUACUACACGGCACCGGUCAUUCUGGAGGACCAGGACAACGAAGAAACAACGUUGUUCAGCGCGGCCGUGCAGCUGGGCAAUGCCGAAGUCAUCAACGGACUUCUUGAUUACAUUCUCGACUCUACGGGAGACGACAACAAGAUCAGGGAGUAUCUCGCUCGUCAGGACACCUGGGGGCGGAGCGCAGCGCAUUAUCUGUUCCACGCACCCUUUCUAAUCGGUAGAAUCGGCCGGUUACUCCCCUGGAGACAAAAGGACAAGAACGGGCAAACCCCAUUGUUUGCUUUGUGUCGAUCCUACGAUAACCCAAAUUACUACACCAUGGUGGAGGAAGGGCUGGAGAUUGCGACCAAGUGUCAGGGAGAUGGCCAGCCUCUACACAUUGACGACCAUGUUGAUCAGAAGGGGAACACCCUUCUUCAUAUUGUCAACGAACCAAAACUGGCACUCAAGAUCCUGCAGCAUUGCGAUUUGGAUGUCAACGCUACAAACGAAAAGAGGUUCACAGCGCUGAUGUUGGCGAGUAAAUACGGCCGGUUUGAUAUGGUCAGGACGCUGUUUGGCGACCCAAGAGUCGACACUGCUGCAAGAGAACUUCGAGGUCUGACGGCGGUGGAGUUGGCCAAGGACGAUGACUUGCGCAAUAAGAUUGAUGAUCUUGUGCUGUUUUCCCUCUCCCACGGCAGCUCCGACUCCCGCACUACGGGAGUGGUCAGGUCAUUCUUUGUCGAAGACGGCACCAUCCGCUUCGUGCUCAAGUCGGGGGCCCCAGUUGACGAGCAUAGCUAUGCCGUGACGACCUGUCGGAGGUCCCUGGCUGACUUUGAGCAUCUCGCCAAGUUGCUGCAGAUGGAAAACCCAGCGUCGUGGAUCCCUUCGCUGGCGGACCUGAGAUCGCCGACGCAGAUCCCUUCACGGCCGAGUAGGGCGGUGCUGAAGGAUUUACAAAUCAGGAUGGACUGGUUUUUGAAGGUGUUGCUUGCCCACCCGACGUUUUCGACGCACGAGAUGCUGUGGGAGUUUUUCCUCGUGCCGGAUCUGCAGCUGGAUCAGAUGGCGGAGAGGAGCAAGCUCAAGGCGGAUGCGCUGUUGGAAAAGGUGCAUGAGGAGCUGGAACCGGUGCAGGAUCUGAGGGAGGUGGAGCAGUUUGUUGAUCACGCGAGGGAUAUCGUGAGGAGCGUGCACUUUUCGACGAGGAGCGUGGCGAGGAGGGCGAACAAUACUGGGAAUGUGGUCAAUGAUCUCUACGAGUCCUCCACCCUCCUCUCCAAAGCGCUCGCCACCCUCCCCUUUCUCCCGCAGAAUUACAUCUCUGGCUUCGAAACCUACGUUCGCUCCUUGGCGCCUUCGCAGUCGUCGCCUAUUUCGCAGUUUUUUUCGGCGUUUCUGGCGCUGUACAGCAAUAUCGAAGCUAUACUCAAAGCGCUGGGGAGACCACCGCAGACGAUAGCAAAGAUUAUUGCUAUUCGGAAGGAGGUAGAAAGGAACUAUAACACGCUUAACAGGUCAAGUAGAUGGCCUUUGGGACUGCUGGAUGAGACGAGGCAGAGGAUGAAUGAGGAUAAGGAGGAGAAGGCGAGGAAGAUGGAGCAGGAGGCGGAGAUGCUUGGCAGGGAGCUGAGGUAUAUGCAGCAGACGGUGGCGGGGGAGUUGGCGGGGUGGAGGGAGAUGCAUGAGAGGUUGGGGAGGAGGGCGAUUAGGGAUUUGGCGAGGGGGAUGGUGGUGCAGGAGAGAGGGAGGUUGGAGGGGGUUAGGAGGGCGUUGAGACGGGUUAAGGCGGGGGGGGAGGGGGUGGUUAGGCCGAGGAUGAGGGUUGGGUUGGUUGACGGGUUGUUGGAUGAGGGGGAUGGGAGUGGGAGCGGGGGUGAGCGAUGGAGGGGGGAGAGCCUACCUAGCGAGUGGCUUUUGUGUUAUUUUGUGUUUUUGGUGAUGGGGUUAGGAUAA